UUAGUAAGUGAGUCAGUCGCGUGCUGCCGACGCGCGAGAUGAACUCGAUGCUUCUAAGCUACUACGGAGGAAAAAAACGCGCAAACCUUGUAGCAGUUGAAACAGAUACCUAGUGUGCUAUAUUGACUAUAUUUUCCAACGUGACAGACAGGCUGCCUUUAUUGCAUCAUCCCUAAUUCUCGGAGAUUUUCUUUUGUGAUUGUGUUUUGUGGCAUAUUGUUUUAUUUACUUCUGCGUGAUACAGUUCAAUUUUCCUGAACAAGUUUUUCCAGAGUAAAAAAACAAAAUGGAAACGACCUGGAAGAGAAUUGCUUCGCUGCACAAUCAGCGCAGUAUGCACUUUCCAGACAUCUUGACAGCCGUGAGCCGUAAGAAGACAAUCGACGCGUCGAACGAUUCGUCGUCUCUGGCACGAUGCUUGUCAACCCUCGAUUUGACAUUUUUGGGAAUCGGUUCGACGCUCGGUGUAGGCGUAUACGUACUUGCUGGAUCGGUUGCCAAAAAUGAAGCCGGCCCAGCCGUAAUAAUAUCUUUCGCCAUCGCCGCCAUCGCUUCCAUGAUAGCAGGUCUCUGCUAUGCCGAAUUCGGAGCUCGAGUGCCCAAGGCCGGUUCGGCCUACGUCUACAGCUACGUGACAAUGGGCGAGUUCAUAGCUUUUCUCAUUGGCUGGACCCUCAUACUUGAGUACGUAAUCGGAUCGGCGAGUGUCGUGCGAGGAUUCAGCAAUUACGUCGACAAUCUCGUCAACAACACGAUGAGAAAUGCUUUCGAGUCGGCUGCGCCCAUCGACAUCAAGCAUCUCUCGUCGUAUCCAGAUUUCUUCGCUUUCGGAGUCACCGUGGCCUUUUCCAUCGCGCUAGCUUUCGGGGCCAAGGAGUCGUCGACGGCCAACAAUAUAUUCACCGUCACGAAUCUUUGCGUCGUGCUGUUCGUCGUGAUCGCUGGAGCUUUUCGCGCCGAUUUCGGCAAUUGGAAGCUCAAGUUCACGUGCACGAGCGACAAAUGCCCCAAAGGGACGGGUGGAUUCGCUCCCUUCGGCGUAGCCGGCAUCAUUCGUGGCGCGGCCAAGUGUUUCUAUGGCUUCAUUGGCUUCGACUGCGUGGCCACUACCGGCGAGGAAGCCAAAAAUCCUCAACGCAGUAUACCCAUUGCGAUCGUCGCCUCGCUCACCGUCGUUUUUCUCGCUUACUUUGGCGUUUCCACUAUAUUAACGACAGUCUUGCCGUAUUACGAGCAGGACACCGACGCCCCUUUUCCAUACAUGUUUGAAACGAUUGGUUGGCAAUGGGCCAAGUAUCUUGUGUCCUCGGGGGCCAUAUGCGGUCUCUGUGCGAGUUUACUCGGCUCCAUGUUUCCACUGCCUCGUGUAAUUUAUGCCAUGGCCAGCGAUGGUCUCAUUUUCAAAUGGAUGGGCAAAGUGAGCUCUCGCUUUCAUACUCCACUUAUGGGGACUCUGUCCGCUGGCUUGUUAACAGGUAUUCUGGCGGCGAUUUUCAACUUGGAACAACUCGUCAGUAUGCUGAGUAUCGGCACUUUGCUGGCUUAUUCGAUCGUAGCGGCUUGUGUUCUCAUACUUCGAUACGAGGAGAGUCAAUCUUUUGAGAAAAGAAACGAUGUCGAGUCGUACACUACUUGGUCGAUAGUCAUGCAACUUGUUAAUCACAAAGGACGCACCUAUUCGACAAAACUCACUGCGAAACUUGUCACCGCUCUUGUAGCUUUUUACUUUGUUAUUUGCUUCGGCGUGGCUUCAAUCGUUUCCUUUUGUUCCGCCGAGCUUGCAGAUGCAAAUCCUCUAUACAUAACGCCAUUAGUAGUACUUAGCACAACUUUGAUAUUUAUUUUAUACUUUAUAUAUUUGCAACCCACUAGUGACAAGGCGCUCAGCUUUUCGGUUCCCUGGGUACCCUUUUUACCUGGAUUAAGUAUAUUAAUUAACGUUUAUUUGAUGUUGAUGCUGGACAUCCAAACAUGGAUCAGAUUUGCAGUCUGGAUUAUCAUUGGGAUUUUCAUAUACUUUUUCUACGGUAUAUGGAAUAGUACUGCCAGAACUACAGGAAAAUUAACAAAUAACAACAAUGUUCAUAAAAUUGGUUGGAGAAUCGAAGAAGCUCCUUCGCUCACAUAAUACUUUAUUA